AUGUAUGAUUCUAUUGAAGAAUUCUUUCAGAGCAACAAUAACCUUAUGCCAAUAAGGUAUUCUUACCAAGAUAUCAAGAAGAUGACCAAUGGUUUUAAGGAAAAAUUGGGGGAAGGAGGUUCCAGCAAGGUUUAUAAAGCAAGGCUUAAGAGUGGUGGUCUUGCUGUGGUCAAGAUAUUGGGCAAAUCCAAAGUCACAAGCCAAGAUUUUUUCAGUGAAGUAGCAACGAUUGGAAGUAUUCACCAUGUCAAUGUGGUAAAACUCAUUGGCUUUUGUGCUACGGGUUCAAACCGUGCAGUUGUGUAUGACUUCAUGCCUAAUGAGCAUCCGAGUCAAAUUUACUUUCCUAGAUGGGUUUCUCAACAAUUGAAUAAAGGAAUGGAGCUGGAAAUAAGAGAAGCCAAGGAAGAUGAAAAGAGAAUAGCAAAGAAAAUGAUCAUUGUGGCUCGGUGGUGUAUACAGGUCAAACCAAGCGACCAUCCUUCGAUGAACAAAGUGGUGGAGAUGCUUGAAGCGGAUCUCGAAAGUUUAGAAAUGCCUCCUAGGCCAUUCCAAAUUUAUCUAUAUGCAACUGAAGAAGAUGAUGCUAAAAUGAAAACCAACUCCACAAAGCUUUCUAGUUAUUCGUCAUAUGAUGAUAUGAGACAGAAUCAGAAUCAGCUAGUUUGAUUAAAAAUGAAAAUUAAGCGGAAUG